AUGCCAAAAAUGAAGGUAAACUAUAAAUAUUCAAUUACAGUCACAUGAUACUUAGUUUUCCGUUAAGCUAUAGUAUUUACAGCUUUUCGGGAGUAAUAUGUACAAUUUUGGUAUUUACAACUUUUUUGUAGUCUAAGCAUGCGUUAGUUUUGUUGUAAGUGGUAAUUAUGGCUGUAAAAUGAACUUUUGUGUAAUUAGUUACAGUAAGGUAAUGACUACAGCUUGAAAGGAAUAAGGUUGGGUAUUGUAUUUUUAGUUUAUUGUGGUAUGAUUAAGAUGCAAAUUUACAUUUAAAUUUGUUAUUUUCAACCAGAAUAUAGAAGAUGCUAUUCUUUUUAAUUUUUCUAUAAAUGUAUCUCACAGUUUUGCCAAGUGUUAUACACCAGAAUGUUCCGAAGAUCCUGGGCUUUAAAUUGAGUAUAAACUUGAUUGUAAAAUCUUUGACGUAAAAAGCGAUAAAGAAGCAAAGAGUAAGAGAAAUGUAAAUCUAAUCCGAUUCUCCUAUUUUAAUGCUCUCUGGCUGCUAUUUCAAGUAAUUUUUCAAUGAGCUUUGGUCUUUUCAUACCAAAUAUGUUGUCAUAGACGUUUGUCAUAAGGUUUUUCUUUUUUGUCUAAACAGUUAUGGCAGAGGGGGAAGGGGGGGGGGCAGUCUCACAUUUUUUUGGGAAUUUAAAAGCGUUGGGAAGAAAAUUCUCGCUUAUAUCUAAAAGAUCUGUUUAGAUAUACAUAGUGUAAUAAUAAAUAGUCUGAGCUAUAUUACACCAAAUUUCACUAAUGAACAUUGUAGUACAUUGGCAAAACUUCCGUCCCAAAAAAUAAUACGAUUUCCGGUUGGAUUAUUGGGCUAGAGGGCGUUUUCUUCAUUAAUUAGAGAGUCGUCUUGGAUUUACGAACUUAUUAACCAUAUAUAAUGCUAUUGUUCCAAACGUUUAGUUUGGUGCAGUUUUUGGGCUUUUGGUACAAUUUUGGGCUUUUGGUGCAGUUUUGGGCUCUUGGUUUACCGUUUUGAAGUUUUUGGUCGGUUUAGAAGAUGGUUUAGAAUUUAUGCAAAUUUAGGGCUGAAAGUUGAAGGCUUCACAAUAUUUUUGUUUGGUACUACUACAGUGGUACUGGUGCACAUGUAUUAUGAUUUUAGAAAAAUUUUAGACAUUUUUAAAUUUUUAAAACUUAUGCAAAUUUCGACUCAACAAGCACUAUAUUAGCCAUAUUUUGCUACUGGUCUCAUUUUUAGUCCUUUUAGUACUAUUUUAACAUAUUUUUUAAAACUUUUAAUUUUCUCGAUUUUUAAUCCGCGAAUGUCAUAUUAUCUAAAAAUAUCGUCAUACUGAUUUUAAAAUAAAUUUUUUUAUUGCUUCAGUUCACCAUUGAGCCGUCACACAACCCGAACGGCGGCGGUGCCGCGCCUUCCGGCGCUCACCAACCCUCCAACCAACAACGAGGCCAAGGUGACGUCGAACAGCCGAUGCUCGACCAACAGACCAUGAUGAUGCUGGGUGAGAUUUGGUUUUUAUUCGAAUUUGAAUCAGAAUUCGAAUUUAAAAAUUUAUUUGACGUGUGAUAGGCACAAAUGGCGUAUUUCACAAUUUUUUUGUAUAUAAGAAGACUAUCAUAGUUAAAAGAACAAAAAAUCAUAGUAUACCGCAAACUUUUAAGCGGUAGAUGACUUUGUGCAGUAAAAUACAAAAAUUUGUAGUUAUUAGGCUCACAAGAUACUCGACUUUCACUUAAGCAUAAAGUUUAAAAUUUUGAAUAACUAUUACGGUUACUGUAUCAAAUGUUCCAAGAACAUGCUUAAUUAUUGGAACAAUUGACUAUGCCUGCAACUUUUGACCAAACUGACACUUUCCGAUACAACAAAAAGUUUAGGUUUGUCAUAUUAACAAUUAAGGGACUUCAGGCUUUCGUUUAAGCCUGAUAAUUAAAAUCAUGGUCUACUUUUGACGUCUUUUCCCAGAACAACACCAGUUUCUUAAAAAAGCUAGCUAUACCUACAAGUUUUGAUCGAAGUAAAACUUUUUGGAGUAGUUAAAAACACAUUUUCGUAAAUUUUUAAGUCAGCAGAUUUUAGGCUUUCAUUUAAGCCUAAUAUUUCAAAUUUCUCGCUAUUCUUACGCCGACAGCACUUAAUUUUCUAUACCUUAUUCAGCUCUAGUAUAAUAUACUAUUUAUAAGGCUUCUCGUGCAUUUUUGACGUAAAACAAUUAAAAUUGAAAAAAAAAUUGAAAAAGAAAUUUUGCAUUAGUUUAAAUUUGUGCUAUACUCCUCAGAAAAAAACAAUGUGUAAUCCGAUUUUCGACGUAGUGUAAUAUAAUCCCAAAAUUUGGGGAAAUUAGGGUAUUUAUGGCAGGAUAAACUGUUUUUUAAACUUUUUGAUUAUUUUUUUGAAAAAUUUUGGAUCUUGAAAAGUUUCGGCAGUAAAAACUAUAAAAACAAUAAGUUUGACGUUAAAAACAUUAACAAGCAUAAGUCUAAUAGCGAUACCUACAAGAACAUAAUGAAUCCCUCAAUUUCAGAAGCAUUAACCGUCGGCGGCGACAGCAACAACCCCAUGUUCAUGGGCGGGAUGAUGGGCGGCCCACCGAUGGGGCCGGGCGGCCAAUACACCCUGGCUCCGGGCCCACCACCACAAAUGGGCUACCAACCUCAGAUGCCCUUCUCCGACGUCUACGUGAACCAGAUGCUGGGCACCCAGUCGCAAUACGGGCAGGGCGGCUUCGAUGUGGGCUCGGGCACACAACAGCCACGACCGAUCGGCAGUCUCGCGCCCGGCGCGCCAAUCGGCUCCUCACAAACAUCUCAAGAGAUCUCCAGGCAAGUUUUUCGGUGUUAUUGUUGUGGUUUAGGUAGAAGGUGUAGUUGAGAUUGGUCUUAAAAGAUGCAGCAGGGUCUGAAGAACAAGUAGAUAUCAAAUUGAUACUGUUUGGCAGAAGAAUUUCAUAGUUGGCCAAAGCUAUUUUGGCGACAACCUAAAAUAUUUAAAAAAUCUUAAGGAAGGCUUGCGUUUUCAAUGUUAUUGUAGCAAAAUAAGGUCGAAUACAGGUCCAAACGGUUAAUAUAACAAUGAAAAAAACUAUAAACUACAAAUAGAUACUAAAAUUGACUAGUUUUGAAACGGAAUUUGAUGUUUUUUCAAAACCGACAAAGCUUGUUUUUUGUGAAAUCGGAUUUUUUGGCGUGACGAAAUGUCAAAAAAAAUAUUUUCCCAAACUUUUUCAAGUCUUUCAUGGCCAGAACAAUCUUUAUUAGCUAAUGAACGAUGUUGUCUGCGCCAGCACGGUAAGAAAAAUUGUUUAUAGAGCUAUUUACUUUGGUUUAGGCUUUAAAUUUGCUGUAUUUUGAAGGAUUUUUAUGAAUUUUUGAGUGUUUGAUAAAAUAAUGGAUAUUACCUUAGUUUUUUGAAGGUUUGUAGAGUUUAAAAUGAAGCUAUGGCUUUAUAAGAGGUUAGUUAAAGGACUAAUAUUUAUGUUCAAGUGGUUUAGCUUUUUUUUGAAGAUCAAAGACGCUGCGAGAGUCAUGGGUAAUAUCGGCUGAUAAAGUUUUUUAAAAAGUUGUUUUUAAAAUGGUGUUAAAUAAAACUUGUUGUCCAUAACAUUUUUUUAUAAUCUGAAAGUUUGGUCAAACUACGUUAAAAAUGGGCCGAGUUAUAUUAACUUCAACAAAUUGAUACCUAAAACUUUCGAAUUCAAUAAAGUAUUUUCUAAAACAACAAAAACUGAAGUUCUUUACCAAAAAAUCUUCAGAAUAUCAAAUUUAAUUUGUUUCUUUUCAGUUCUUUCAGCGGCCAAAGCUUGGGUGCGCCAGGCCAGCCAAUUAUGGGUACCUCGUCCUCGUUCAUGGCUCCGCGCCGGCCCGGCCCCGGAGUCGAGGGGAAACAAAUCUCGUUACGCGCAAAUCACUUUCAAGUCCAAAUUGCUGCUCAUGAAGUUCAAUUCUAUCAGAUCGAAAUUCAGCCAGACAAGUGUCCACGAAAAGUCAACCGGUAAGAAAUUUUGUUGGUUUUUUGAGGUUUAGAUGGUGAAUAUCUUGAUUCUUGAUGGAUAUUGAUAGGAAUUGAUUUUAAAUCAAAGCUUGAUAUCUUGUCUAAGAUUUUAAAGGGUUUAAUAUAGGUUUAAUAAGAUGAUUUGAUGAGAAUUAACGCCAAUUAUUGGGAUAGGUAUCAAGAAUUGGUGACGUUCUUUUUGUUUUUUUGCUCAUAUCUUUUUCAAUUUGUUUGAAAUUUUAACAAAAUGUAUAAAAUAGAUUGAAAACGUCACAAAGAGCAAAAUGAGGCUUUUUCUGCUCCAGAACUACCUAAACUUAUAAAAUAAAACAAAAAAACCGCUUUAUUGAGAAGAAUCAAUUGUAAAUCAAAUUUUUUAAAUUUCAGUGAAAUUAUCAACAAGAUGAUUGAAUCCUACAAAGAAUUCUUGAAUAUCAAGCCAGUGUACGAUGGUAAAAAGUCCUUCUACACCCGUCAGCUGAUCCCGCUUCUUGGCAACGAACGCAAGGAGUUUGAAGUCACGAUGCCAGGCGAUUCGCCAGUAGAUCGUCGCUUCAUGGUCUACAUUCAAUGGAAAGAGUCCGUCAGUCUGAAGCUAUUGGACGAUGCCUUACGUGGAUUCCGUCGUGAUGUGCCGUUGAACUCGGUACAGGCAAUGGACGUGAUCUUAAGACAUUUACCUUCAACAAAAUACACUCCAGUCGGACGAUCCUUCUUUUCGCCUCCAGCCGGCCAACUUGUUCAUCAUGGUGGCCCAGGUGGACCGUCGUACCACUCGGGAGAUUCCAAGCUUGGUGGUGGUAGAGAAGUGUGGUUCGGAUUCCAUCAGAGCGUGCGACCCAGUCAAUCCAAAAUGAUGCUCAAUAUUGAUGGUAAGUUAUUGUUUUGUUUGAGUUUUUGUGUUUAGACGGGUGAAAUAUGAAGAUGUAUGAUUGUAAAAAGCUGGAGUGGCGUUGUUUGCAUUUAAAAUCAUUUACAUGAUAUCAAAAAGAUUGUUUUAGACACAAGAAAAAUUAAAAAUAGGUCAAAGUCUAGUGUAAUAUAAAAAAAUAUUGCUUGGAUUUUAGGGACAUAAUAUAUUUUUAACUUUAUAUUGUAAUUGUAAAAGUUAUUUAAUAUAGGGUUUUAAAAUGAAUCUAACUUUAAAAUGAUUUCAGUAUCCGCCACCGCCUUCUACCGCAAAAUGCCAGUGAUCGAGUUCAUCGCGGAGGUGUUGGAACUGCCAGUUCAAGCCCUCUCCGACCGUCGCACCCUCAGCGACGCUCAACGAGUCAAGUUCACGAAGGAAAUCCGCGGCCUUAAAAUCGAAAUCAACCAUUGUGGCCAGAUGCGCCGAAAGUACCGUGUCUGCAACGUGACCCGCCGUCCCGCCCAAACCCAAACGUUCCCACUGCUUUUGGAGUCGGGCCAGACCGUGGAGUGCACCGUGGCCAAGUACUUCUUGGACAAGUACCAUCUUCAACUGAAAUACCCUCAUCUGCCGUGCCUACAGGUGGGCCAGGAACAGAAGCACACCUUCUUGCCUCCGGAAGUCUGUGAGAUCGUGAGCGGCCAGAGAUGCAUCAAGAAGCUGACCGAUAUCCAGACCAGUACGAUGAUCAAAGCCACGGCACGUUCGGCGCCAGAACGUGAACGCGAGAUCGCAUCUCUGGUCAAACGUGCCGAGUUCACGAACGACCCAUACGCUCAAGAGUUUGGCAUCAGCAUCAACUCCAACAUGACCGAGGUCAAGGGCCGCAUCCUGAGUGCACCAAAGCUUCUGUACGGUGGUCGAAACAAGAUGACAGCCCUGCCAAACCAAGGCGUGUGGGAUAUGCGUGGGAAGCAGUUCCACACCGGAAUCGAGGUGAAGAUCUGGGCCAUCGCCUGCUUCGCCCAACAACAGCACGUCAAGGAGAACGAUCUGCGCAACUUUACCUCACAACUCCAACGAAUUUCCUCCGACGCCGGCAUGCCCAUCCUCGGCCAACCCUGCUUCUGCAAGUACGCCGUGGGUGUGGACCAAGUCGAGCCAAUGUUCAAAUACCUCAAACAAAACUUUCAAGGUAGGCAUGGGUAAUUCAAACUAAAGUUUCAAGUUAGGGAUGGGUAAUGUGGUCCAAAAGUAAUGGCGUACUGUGAUUUUAUAUGGGUGUUCAAAUAAUUUUGAGCCCCCGAAUAAAAACUUGAUUUUGAGAGCGGGCGCAGAAUUUAUUGAACAACCAAAUAAAAACUUUUAAAGCCCUACAAUAGCCGUUUCUGUACUAACGACACCACCCUUUCAGGUCUCCAAUUAGUAUGUGUGGUACUGCCUGGCAAAACGCCGGUGUACGCGGAAGUGAAGCGUGUCGGUGACACCGUGUUGGGUAUCGCCACCCAAUGUGUUCAAGCCAAGAACGUCAUCAAAACGACGCCACAAACCCUCUCCAACCUGUGUUUGAAGAUGAACGUCAAGUUGGGCGGUGUGAACUCGAUCCUCUUGCCAAACGUUCGGCCGCGCAUCUUCAACGAACCGGUCAUUUUCCUCGGAGCGGAUAUCACCCAUCCUCCGGCUGGUAAGGGUUUUUGAUUUUUUAUGGUGUGGGGGUGGUAAAUGGGGAUUUUUCGGUCUUUGGGGGGCGGUGAAGAGUGAUUUUUUGUUUUUGGGGUUGGUAAAUGGAAAUUUUGGGGGGGGGGUGGUAAAGGUGUUUUUUGGUCCUUGGCGGUGAUAAAGACGGUUUUUAUUCUUUGGAGUGGUAAAUGGUGAUUUUUGGGCGGUGGGGGGGGGGAGAGAAAACAAGGAAGACUGUGUAAUUGAAAAUUUUAUGGUUUGAAGCGUCGUACUUUAAAAUUUUUUAAAUUUAAAAAAAUUUAAAAAAUUUUUUGAAAAAUUGACGGGAAUGACCCUGUUGACAAGAAACUAAAAUUUUAAUUUUAAAAAAAAUUGAAAAAUCAACUAAAACAAUAUAUUGUUGCAGGCGACUCAAGGAAGCCCUCAAUCGCCGCGGUCGUGGGCUCCAUGGACGCCCAUCCAUCCCGCUACGCCGCCACCGUCCGCGUCCAACAACACCGCAACGAAACCAUCACCGAUCUCACCUGGAUGGUCCGAGAACUUUUGGUCCAGUUCUACCGCAACACCCGCUUCAAGCCCACUCGCAUCGUCAUGUACCGUGACGGUGUGUCCGAAGGCCAGUUCUUCAACGUCCUCCAACAAGAGCUGCGGGCGAUGCGCGAAGCGUGCAUGAUGCUGGAACGAGGCUACCAGCCCGGAAUCACGUUCAUCGCCGUCCAGAAGCGCCAUCACACUCGACUGUUUGCGGUGGAGAAGCGUGAUCAAGUGGGCAAGGCCUUCAACAUCCCCCCAGGCACAACCGUCGACGUGGGCAUCACCCACCCCACCGAGUUCGACUUCUACCUCUGCUCCCACGCCGGUAUCCAAGGCACCUCAAGACCAAGCCAUUACCACGUCUUAUGGGACGACAAUGGCCUCUCGGCAGACGAACUUCAACAAUUGACAUACCAAAUGUGCCACACUUAUGUCAGAUGCACACGAUCCGUAUCGAUCCCGGCACCAGCGUACUACGCUCAUUUGGUUGCCUUCAGAGCUAGAUAUCAUCUGGUUGAUAGGGAUCAUGACAGGUGGGUUUUGGCGGAUAUUGCAGUAGACUUGCAAAGUUUUGGUAUUCUAGUAGGCUUGGGAUGCUUUUAAGGAUAUUGUAGUAGGUAUAAGAUAGAAAUUGUCUUUUAGAAGAUGUUGUAGUAGAUUUGCAAUGUUUUAGGGGUGUUUUAGUGAGCUUGAGAGGCUUUUAAGGAUAUUGUAGUAGAUAGAAAAGGCCUUUUUUAGGCUUUAUUGUAGUAGAUAUGGAAGAUUUUUAAAGGAUAUUGUAGUAGAUAUAAGCUUUUUCAUUAUUUUACUAUAAUAUACACAAGAAACAUAGAAUCUUAGGUUAUUAUAGUAGGUAAAGUUUUUAAAUUUUUUUUUGAAAUUUUUAAAUUUCAGUGGAGAAGGCAGUCAGCCCUCAGGCACCAGCGAAGACACAACGCUCUCGAACAUGGCCCGUGCCGUCCAAGUCCACCCCGACGCGAAUUCCGUCAUGUACUUUGCCUAA